UGUCAUUAUUAUUCGCGUUUAUCGCAACUCAUCAGCAGUUGAAACAUUUUGUGCAGCCUCUGUGUUUUUGUGCGCGAUCGUUUUGAAGCGAAUUUGUGCUUAAUUUUGAUACUGCUUUUUGCUGGAAUCUGCUAGAUCACUAAGUCGUGCAGAAUGCCUUGCUUUACAGUGAAAGUAAAAUGGGGAAAGGAAAACUUUCCGAACGUUGAGGUCAACACCGACGAAGAACCAAUGCUGUUCAAAGCACAGCUGUACGCCCUGACUGGAGUACAACCGGAACGUCAAAAGGUUCUAUGCAAGGGCAUUAGUCUAAAGGACGACGAGUGGAAUAUGCCAAUCAAGAACGUAACUACACUUCUGCUACUCGGAACUAAGGAGGAAGUUCCACAGGAGCCAGUUGAAAAACCAAAAUUUAUCGAAGAUAUGAACGAAAGCGAACUGGCAACUGCUUUGGAGCUGCCCGCCGGGUUGACCAACUUGGGCAAUACAUGCUACAUGAAUGCAACCUUGCAAUGUUUGAAAUCGGUUCGGGAACUGCGAGAGUCACUCAAAGUGUUCAAGGACGACUCGUCCAGUUCCUCCGGUCUUGCAGGGCUUGCUUCGCCAGGAGCGAUUACGCAGUCCAUGCGAAACCUAUUCGAUGACAUGGAAAGAAGUGACACCGUUACGCCGGUGUUGUUUCUUCAGCGACUGCACAUUGCAUUUCCAAAUUUUGCACAAACUGGUGAGAAUGGGACAUAUCGACAGCAGGACGCCAACGAAUGCUGGUCUGAGCUGUUGAAAAUGUUGCAACAGAAGCUUCCCCCAACGAAAGGGGAAAAUGGUCAACUGGUUAAGCAUAACUCGUUCAUCGAUCAAUGGUUUGGAGGCUCAUUCGAUGUUGAGAUGAAAUGCACGGAAGCGGAUGACGAACCCGUGAGUAAAUCGAAGGAAAAUUUCCUCCAGUUGAGUUGCUUCAUUUCUACCGAAGUGAAAUAUAUGCAUUCGGGCAUCAGAUUGAGAUUAAAGGAACAAUUGACGAAACAAUCACCAUCAUUGGGACGUGACGCAGUUUACACCAAAACGUCUCUCAUCAGUCGCCUACCGGCAUAUUUGACGGUGCAGUUCGUCCGGUUUCAGUACAAGGGUAAGGAAGGUAUCAACGCCAAGGUACUGAAGGAUAUUAAAUUCCCAAUUGAUUUUGAUGCGUUCGAGUUAUGCACACCGGAGCUGCAGGAAAAACUGUCACCGAUGAGGAGCAAAUUCAAGGAAGUGGAAGAAUCUGAACUCGAGCGCAAUCUCAAAGGCAAGAACAAAAGUAAAGCGCAGUUGGAGAACGAGAAACCGAAGACCAUUCCUCAGCCGUAUUGUUUCGAAAAUGAUUUGGGCAGUAAUAACAGCGGUUAUUACACGUUACAAGCCGUUCUGACUCAUCAAGGCAGAUCAAGCUCAUCGGGGCACUACGUGGGAUGGGUUCGCCAAAAGGGUGACCAGUGGAUCAAGUUCGAUGAUGAUUACGUUUCACCGGUAGAUACUGAAGCCAUUCUGAAGUUGUCCGGAGGCGGUGACUGGCAUUGUGCGUACGUUUUGGUGUACGGCCCAAAGGUGGUGGAGAUUCCAGUUGAUGAAGAAAAGACUGCUACCGAUGCUGCCGGUGGAGAGACCACUGCUAAGACGGAGGCAGGUUCAGGUGAAAAAAUGGCUGUUGACUAGACUGUUUAGGUGUUUUCUCAGUUUUUAUUUGUUGGAAAUAUGAUUUCGCGUCAUUAGCCCGUUGUGAAUCCGUUGCAAUGCUGAACUAUUAUUUCUCUACUCUGCACUUUUUACACAUUUCAAUGCAAUGCAUAUUAACAGGAUAUACUGAACGAUACAUUACCGUAUGCUCUUUUCUGGAAUAAAAUCAUCAAUACGACCGUAAUAUAUAUAUCAUAAA